AUGAAUCAACACUUGAACUCUUCAACAGGUACCCCCACUAAUGGAGUGGGCCACUCGGGCCCUGCUGCUACUGGUUCCAAUGAUGAUGGUCAUUAUCAAAUUCCAAUCAACAGCGGUGGUGUUCAUCAUCAACAACAACAACAGCAACAGCAUCAUCAACUUCCAGCUCCAUCUGCUUAUGGGUACGACCAUGGAGCUACUGGUCACUUGCAACCACUCCAACAGCAACCAAUGCAGCACUUGCCAAUGCAGCACUUGCCCAUUCAUUCACUUCCCCAGCACUACCCCAUGCACACUUUGGGUCAACAAGGACAUUCGCAACUGCACACACCUCAAUUGUAUCAACAACAAGCUGCUGUUGCCACUGCUAAUGCUCCCGGUCAAGGACAAGCUGCCCACUAUGCAGGUCAGCACCACCAGUUGAUGACACCAAAUCCUUAUCAGCAAUAUCAACAGCAACAACAAUUGCCUCAUUUGCACCCAGGCGGAGCUGCAGGUGACACUCGUGACCAUCUUAACCUCCAAUUCAAUCCAAUGGCAUAUCAGCAACAGACACAGCACCAGCAAUAUCAACACUUGAUGCCACAGCAAUCACAAACACCCCAACCUGUUGAGCCAACUCCCCCAGGCAAACGUCAACCUAAAAAACAGAAAAAGCAAGUUGGAGAACCCGUUGAUGCGCAUGCUUUGGCACAGCAACAUCACAUGGAGAUGUUAGCUCGUGCCAGUCAGAAUGAAAUAAUGGAGUCUACGACUCGGAAAGUCGCUCCAAGAUCAAGUGACCUCUUCCGUGUUGGACCUCCAUUCAAUCCAACUAAACAGCAUGCGCCAGUGUAUGUGGCUGGCAGUAACAUGCAAGUGUUUCCAACCUUACACGCCCGUAUCGAUCGUGGGUUUGAACCAAGUCAGUCCAACUCUUGUUGGAUUGGCUACAAGAGAAAUUAUUUCAGUUUAGUUUCGUCCUUUGAAAUUUCUGGCCUACCAUUUGAGCAGUUUCUCCACAACAGCUACUAUACUGUUGACGCUGGAGGACCCCAAAGUAAGCCAAUUUCGUAUUUUGCCAUACGUCUCACUGCCAAGUGUCUGGAUGAUGAUAUUGCAAUCUCGCUUAUUCAACACACAGCAAAAAGAGAUAAAGGACCACAAUUUGCGCCACCAAUCUAUCCUGCUUUACCUGGCGAAUUGCCUGAUCAUGAGACUGUCAAGGCCAGCUGUAAUAAAAGAAACUCGGCCAAGAUCGAAGCCCUCAACAAGGUGUUUUUCUUCAACAGAGGUGAUUCGUACGAAGCCAAGAAUUCAAUUUUGAGAAACUACCCCAGUGAUUCAAUUUCAAAAGUGGCAAGAUUUGAAAGAAUCCAAUUCACUAGUUCAAUCCGUGUCAAGGCCACCAAUAGCGCUGCUCGUUACUUUACUUUGGCUGUUGAAUUGCUUGGUAUUGUUGAAGAGGAUUCUCAAAUUCAACCUGUUUUGUUGUCUCUGAUUGAAUCUCCGCCAUUGAUCAUUAGAGGUAGAUCUCCAUCCAGCUACCACAAGGACAGAACAAGUGGAUACAGAGCACAAUCUUAA